UGAAGUCUUAAAUAGCGAGUCAGUCACUCCAUUAAACCGAAUUUGUAUGAGUCUAAAGAGGAUUUUAGACUUGGAAAGUGUCAUGACAAUAUUUUGGGAUAGUCUACACAACUUUGAAACUGUUAACAAUAUCAAUAAACCUCAACAAUCCACAC